AUGUCAAAGAGUUUAUAUAAAGAUAAAAGAUUUGGUAGAGAUGGUAUAUCUUCAAAUUCAUCAUCAAGAGCUGCUUCUGUUUCAAGAACUCCACUAAGGUCAGAUGACUCAGAUUACGAAACAGACGAAGAAAACGAGUUGAUCAAAAUAGAUGAAUUAUUAAGAGAAAAGUUGACAAGUUUACAACAACAAGAAAUUGGUGAGACUUCUAAAGAAGAUAGAAUUGGAAUGAAUGAUAGAAGACAAUACGAAGCUUCAAAUUUAAAUAAAGCAAGAAUUCAAGAAUCAAGUUCUAUAAAUGAAAUUAUUAUAUCAUUAACUUUUUCAAGAUCUGAUGUUAGUUCACAAAGUAGAGAAUUAUUAUUAGCUCAGUUAUAUAAAAUUAUUGUAUCUAAAUCAUUACUUGUAUAUAAUGAAGAACAAUCUGGAAGUUUAAAUUAUGUUGAGGAAGAUAAUGUUGGUAAAUUAAUUUCAAUAUUAACUACUGGAAAUUAUAGAAGUGAUGUAGAGUUUUUAUAUUUAUACAGAUCAAUUAUUGCAUUAAUAUGUAGUGAUAUUGAUGAAUUUUCAGGUUUAAUUUCAACUGAUUUAUUAAAUUAUAUUCAACAUUUAAUACUGGAACCUGCUAAUGGUGUAAUUACAAAUGAAAAUAAAGCAAAUUUAAUAUCUGGAUAUGUUGUAUUAACUUUGAUGUUACAUAAUGGAUCUUCAAGUUUUGGUAUAGAUGAUAAAAUUACAUUACUAAUGGAAAUUGCUGAAGGUUAUUGUGAAAGUGCCACAGCAUUGAAGAAAGAGGUUGAAAGUGGUAAUAGAGAACAUUCAACAUUUAUAACCGAUAAAAAUUUGGAUAAAAAAUUGGUAAAUGAAGCUAAUUUGAAAGUUAUAAGUGAAGCUUCUGUAUCAAUUAGUGCAAUACACGGAGUUGGAUGUUUAUUAACUUUAAUUUCAAGAGGUGAUUUUUUAAACGAACUUUGCGAAGAUUUAAUGUUUAAAUUAGUACCAUUAUUAGAUAAUGAUGAAAAUAGAGAUAUUGCAAAAGCAGCAGGAAGAGUAAUUGGAUUAAUUUAUGAAUUAUAUGAUUAUUCGAAAUCAACAGAUGAAGAUGAAGAAGAAGAAUAUAAUAGCAAUGCACCAUAUUAUGAACAAGAGAAGUUGAUAUUUAUACUAACUAGAUUGUUAAAUUUAUCAUCUAAAAAAGUCGCAAGAAAGGAUAAAAAAGAUAUUAGUUCUGUUUUUAGAAACAUUUUAAACACAAUAAAUGUAUUUACAGAUAAAACUAAAAGAGAUCAAGUUUUGAAAAAGACAGGAGAAGGUCUUGAGUUGUCUCAGACGACUAUAGAUUUUUCUUAUAUUAAAUUAUCCAAAUACAAAUCAUUACGAAUAAAUUCAUGGUUUUUAUAUUUAAGACUAAGGGAAUUAAGGUGGUGUUUUUCUUUUGGAUUACAUAAUCAAUUAGUUGCAAAUGAUUCAAUAAGAGAUACUUUAAAAGAGCCUGAAAAUGAAUUUAGUUAUGGUAAUCAUUAUGAUGAAGUUGAUGAUAGUUAUUUAGAUGAAGAAAAUUCAGAAAUCUUACAUGAAUAUAUGGAUCAGAAACAUUUAAAAAAUGAAAAAUUAAGAAAUGAAAAAAGAAAGAAGGAAAGAUUAGUUAAAAUAGGUGAUCAAUUGGAAGAAUUGAACCUCGAUACAUAA